AUGGAAUCGCCCCCUAGCAAGGAGGGCAAGCCUCCCACAAUAUACACAUCAGAAGACACCUAUUUCGAAUCCCUUCACACUCUCGGCAAAGAAGACUUUCGAAGCUCGAUGAGGGGUUCCAAUGUACCAUCCAAUUGCUUGAGAAUGCCGAAGCAGUUGUUCAAAGUCUCAAGGACCUGCCCGAGGUCGGCGACUGGCUCAAAGAUAUUGACCGCCUCAAACAAAAAGCUAGCCCACAGCGUGUGUGCUUGUACCGCAGCGAUUACGGAGGUUUCGUACAACACUUCAGAUGAUCCCAAGAAGUAUCGAGCAGAGGUGGAGUUCAUCACCGCCGACGAGUGGGCGAAAGAGCUCGAUAUUCUUCUUGACGACAUUCAUAACGGCCAAGCGACGUUUGGGCCUGAGGUGUUUGGUACCGAGAGCGAAGCUGGCAUUGCCUAUCACAAACUCAGAGCGGUUUAUCCAGCGCUCAAGGGAGAUGAUAUCAAGAAAGGAAAAUUCAACGUGGAUACCUUGGUCAAAGACGACUCGGUCAAACACUUGUUCGGAUCCGUGAAGACUGUCGCCUGCCCGUCCUCCAACGGGUUUGUCAAGCUUCUUCGAACCUUUGUCCACUCCAAGGAGAAAGGUCGAGGACGGCCCAAGGAAGCGACAUCACUCGAGUUUUGGCCUUUGAUCAAGGUUGUUCGCGUCUUUAUCAGGUCUGAGACUCUGAAAAGUGGACUCGUUCUCGUGGACUUGGAUUCCAAUGCUGCUCGGUCCAGGAUUGCAAACAGGUAUAUCCAACGCUGUUCAGGCCUCUGGGUGGUUACCCCGAUCACUCGAGCGGUUGAUGAUCUUGCGGCGAGACAGCUUCUCGGCAAGGCGUUCAAAAGACAGCUCCGGUUUGACGGGGCUUACUCUGCAGUCACCGUCAUCUGUUCCAAAACGGAUGACAUCUCCGAGACUGAACUCCUAAAAUCACUUCCGGACCAUGCUGAAGCGCAUCGCUACAAUGAAAAACUCAAAGUGAUGCGCGCCGAAGUCUUGGAACGCAGUGGGGAUCUGAUGUCUAAGAAGCAACAGCUAGCGCAGGUCAGGGAAGAUAUUAAGCUCCUCAACAAUCAGAGUCUGCGCUUGAAGCUUACUCUACUUGAAAAUCCCUCUGAUGGCAUGAUUGUUCUCGAGCUACCACAAGCUUCGCGAAAGCGACCUGCGAGACCAGCUGCGGAUGAGGCACGCAAGCGCUUUCGAAAGCAGCAGCAGGAUCAAAGCCCCGAGGCGAGUGAUCUCAGUGACGACGCUGAGCCAUUAUUUGAGGAGGGUGAGCCUAGACAGGUAAAGAGCAUGAACGAGGUCAUCGAUCUACUAAAGAAGCAAAGGAGAAGCGCGUGCAUUUGCUUCCGCAAUGAUUUCUCGAAGCCUGAACUUCAGAGACAGUUUGGGGAAGGUGUUCUAGACAAGGUCCAGCAAGACAAGUACUACGAGAUCGUCAAAAAGCUCCCCGUCUUUUGUGUGUCAAGCAAUGCCUACCAUAAACUGAUGGGAAGACUUCAAGAAGGCGAAUCAAUCCAUGGAUUUACCACGACUGACGACACCCAGAUUCCUAUGCUCAAGGAACACGCUCUCAACAUUGUCGCCCAAAUAGAGUGUGAAAAUUACCGCCAAGUCUUGCGUGAUUUUGCUCGUUUUCUAACUGGUUUGCACUUGCGAGUUCUCGUUGCUGCAAAGCAUUACACGCUAGCUGAAGACAUACGAGAGGUUGAGAAAGCCAUUCUCCAAGAUCGUCUCAAUGAACUCCAGCAAAGAUUUGACUCGAUGAUUGAGGAAGCUUUCAACAAUCUCGACCAGGCGGUGCACUCCAACAUCUUUUGCAAGUUGCCUAACGCUCGUGAUACGGCAUCAAAGAGUGCGAUCACCGCCAUCGAGAGAUGGUUUUCGCGCCCGAGAAAUGGUGGCUUGCUGUAUGGCACAUUCCGCGCGGCGUGUGUCAGAGAUUUUAUCUCUCCCGGGUGGGAGAAGGUAUUCCCCGACCUCGUGACCAAGCAUCUCGUGCCCCUUGCCGACGGCAUGAUCAUGGAGCUACGUGCUUUCAGCAAUCUCACAGCCGAGCGUGAGGUCCUCAACAAGCUGCCGGUGUUUUUUGCGGUGAGGCACCAGAUGACUCUCCUAGAGGGAAUCCUCCAGGACGUGCCGAAACUGAGCAAGCGCCUCAACGAUACACAAAAGUCUGCCAGUCGCAUGAUCGUCUCGACCAUCAGGGAGAAUAUGAUACCAGCAUACCAAGCUUGCAAAGAGGAGAAAGGUAUGCUUCCCUGCUCGGGUGCUUUGGCUUGGAGCUAG